CCAUCCCCAGAGUUAAUCUCCAGCUAGCUCUGACCCCCGGACAAACUCCUGCCCAAAAACUGCUGUGAUACCCCCGAACCUCCAGGCUGAGUCCCACCCCCAGCUGCCCAGGGCAGCCUCUGCCCUGCCCUCCUCUCCCCAGCGCACAGAGGACAGGAGACCCGGGAAGGAACCUCCCACUCCCAGGCCACCCUCCCCACUCCCAGGGACCGGGUGAUGCGGCGGCAGAGCCCGUGAGAGGCCGGUGUGAGGUCGAGCUCCACACCGUGGGGCUGGGCCAGCGGCGAAGGCUCCGUGACCUCGGACAGUGUGACUGUUCAUAGGACAGGCUGUCAGAGCCUGGCGGGGCCUCGGAGACCCUAUUCUGGUGGUGGCUGAGAAAACUGAGUCCCAGAGAAAGGACAGCCUUACCCCAGCCUCCAGCCCCGCCUGAAUACUGGCCUUUCCCUGCGGGGGCCCUGCAGCACCUGGGAAGGACCCCACCCAGCCCUUGGGAAGCACCCUUGAGAGGCCCUGGGUGGGACCCCAGAGCCUGGCUGCACACGGGACAGCCUCCCCUGCCCCCGCACUGCCACAGACCAUUAACUCUGGGAGCGCUCAUCCUCCCAGGAAGGCCCCCCGCCCCACCCAGGCCCCCAGCUCCUGCCACAUAGCCAGGAGGGGGUUGGGUUCUGGCUCCCGUGACACUAGGGGGCUGCCCCCCACCCCCAGGGUGCGCCCGGCACGGCUACUGUCCUGAAAGCCCUGGAGGCUGACUGCACACGUCCCAGCAUGCAAGGGACCCCUCUGAAAUGAAGGCUGCCCAUCUUGUGGUCUUAGAAUCUGUGCGCCCCCAAACGGCUCCUGCUGGCUUGCGGCUGCUCAUCUGCCCCCCCGGGCCGGCUCCACACUCAGAUGAGGAGAAACCAAAGCCCAGAAGGGCUGAGGCCAGCAAGUCCCUGGUGGGGCUGGAUCCCAGCUCUGCCCAUGGACACCCCGUUUGCACAGGCUGGGGUGCAGGCUCGCCCCUGCCCUGCUGUGAGGAGGGCCCUGGAACCAGGCAGGACGGGAGAAAGUGGCCCAUUGCUGAGCCAUCCUUCAUGGAGCCGGGGUGCCCCAGACCCCCAGCAGGAUCCAUGAGAUUCCUGCAGCAAGAGCUCUGGGCGGCAUCACCCCUGUGGCUGCCCAGCUCUGGCCCCAGCUGUUGGUGGCUGGCCACCCAGAGGAGAAGGCCCCCCACCCGGAGGCACGGGCCAUGUGGGGCUCUCAGGAGGUUCUGCUGGUGUGCUUUCUGGUGCUGGCAGCGGGUGGCACGGAGCAUGCCUACCGGCCAGGCCGCAGGGUGUGUGCAGUCAGGGCUCACGGGGGCCCCAUCUCUGAGUCCUUUGUGCAGCGCGUGUACCAGCCCUUCCUCACCACCUGUGAUGGUCACCGGGCCUGCAGCACCUACCGAACCAUCUAUAGGACCGCCUACCGCCGCAGCCCUGGGCUGGCCCCCGCCAGGCCUCAAUACGCAUGCUGCCCUGGCUGGAAGAGGACCAGCGGGCUCCCCGGGGCCUGCGGAGCAGCAAUAUGCCAGCCGCCAUGCCGGAAUGGAGGGAGCUGCGUCCAGCCUGGCCACUGCCGCUGCCCAGCAGGGUGGCAGGGUGACACCUGCCAGUCAGAUGUGGACGAAUGCCGUGCUGGCAGGGGCCGCUGUCCCCAGCGCUGCGUCAACACUGCCGGCAGUUACUGGUGCCAGUGUUGGGAGGGGCACAGCCUGUCUGCAGAUGGCACAUUCUGCGUGCCCAAGGGAGGGCCCCCCAGGUUGGCCCCCAACCCGACAGGAGUGGACAGUACGAUGAAGGAGGAGGUGCAGAGGCUGCAAUCCAGGGUGGACCUGCUGGAGGAGGUGAGGCCUGGGGUGGGGCAGGUCCUCGCCACAGCAGAGAGGGGCCCAGGCCGGGGGUACGGGCUUUGUAGCCUCCUGGGACCUUGACCCACGGAUGGCUGGGGGUGGUCCGAAGAGGUCCU